CCUGCAGUCCGGCCUGGGACCAUCUGGCCCUGGAUCCCCUCUAAUUAUCCCUGGGGCCCGGCCCAGUUCGCGCUCUAACCGAGGAAGGGCACUCCGGACUACUUAAGGACCUCGCCAGCAUCAGCCGAGUUUCACCAUUACAGCUCUGGACUGAAAGCCUGCAGGAGGGUCUCUGGCAGAAGCAGCGGGAUUAUCGAAAUAAGCAGCGGGACUAUCGAAAGCCGCCAGGAUGUCCAUCGCCAGCACGGCGGCGCAGGCCAUGCUGUCGGACUCGCUGCUGAGCGAGGGCUCCGGGGACAACCGCAUACGCACCCUGGAGCUGGAGCUGCCCCUGGACAGGGUCAUCAAGUUCAUCUCCGUGGGCCUGCCCCUGCUGCUGGUGUCCAUGGCGUUCGCCCGCGAGAUUUCCCUGGGCCCUCAGAUCAGCUGUUUCCCCCCAAAUAACUUCACAGUCAAGCAGGCCAGCUAUGUGGACACGUACUGCUGGGACUCGCUAAUGCACCACGAGUUUGACGGCGAUGGCAACUUUGAGGAGCGCUCUCUCUGGGUCCACAAAAUGUUCCCAUAUUCACUCUUGGCAAUGGCGGUGAUGAUGUACUUGCCUGCUCUGAUCUGGCGCUUCCUGGUGACACCCUGCCUGGGGUCAGACCUGCUCUUCAUCAUCGACGAGCUGGACAAAGGCUACAACCGCUCUGUCCGGCUGGCCCAGAGCAUCCUGGAGCUGCAGCACACCACAUCCAACCCGCUGGAGUUUCAGGCCGAGCUGGAGAGAGCAAAGCGGAAGCGCUACUUUGAGUACCCCCUGCUGGAGAGAUACAUGCAGUGCAAACAGCGCUCCUACUUCCUGGUCAGCAUGCUGUUCCUGCGUGGCUUCCUGCUCCUCACCUUCAUGUCGGCCUCCUGCCUCUACCUGGUCUACUUCCACCUCUCGGCCUUCCUCCAGGACGAGUUCAGCUGUUUCGUGAGGACCGGGCUGCUCCGUGACCAGCCCUGGGUCCCCGAGCUGGUCCAGUGCAAGAUGACCGGGCUGCUGGUCUUCCAAGUCAUCAGCGUGGCCAACGGCGCCGUCUACGUACUCCUGGCUCCCAUCAUCCUCUUCAGCCUGCUGCGCCUCUUCUGCUGGGACACCGGCUUCCUGUCCCUGUACGAGGUGCUGCCCUCGCUGGGCCUCAUCCGCGGCCGCAAGCUGGGCUGCCCCCUCAACGACCUCAACGUGCUCCUCCUCUUCCUCCGCGCCAACGUCUCGCACCUGCGCUCCUUCGGGCGCCUGAGGGCCGUGUGCUCCAUGGCGCCCGCCCAGCUGGCGCGCGGCUGGGGCAAGGGCGGCCGCGGAGGGGAGGAGUAUGAGGAGGCCAUGGAGGAGAGGGAGGAGCAGGAGGAGGAGAUGCGGGAGGCCAGGGAGGAGGGCCGCCACAACCUGGUGGACAUCAUGACCCUCCUGGGCGGGGCCAGAGCCAACGGCAGCAGCUGCAAGGACCACAGGCCUCUGGUAGAGGAAAAUUUGAGUCUUGGUACCGUAACCCUAAUCUACAUAAUCAAAAGCAUAAUAUUUCUGAGUAUUUUUGUCAUCAUCAUAUGGAAUGUUCAGAAAAUAAUCAAAUGAAUCAGUUACAUGUUAUGGUCCCCUGUGAUUUUGUCAUUCAGAAGCACCGUAAACUGUGAUGAUGGAAAUAUGAGGCAUUUCUUUUUCUAUAGCAGUGUGUAUAAUACUAAUCAACAUUACACAAAUGUAUAGAACUAAUAUCGUUUUCCCCAGCUUUCUCUUCUGUAUAUACAAUCCAAAAAGACAGGUGUAAAGAAUGCAUUUAUAGGCAAUAUUUAUAAUGUCCCUGUGCCUUUUUACUGAGAUAAAAAAGUCUUCUAAAAAUAUUCUGUACAGCUUCUACGGUUUUUAAAUGACAUGUUUGCAUUCAGAUAUUAUGCAAAAGAUAUUGUUGCCUAAUGUGAUGAAAAUGGUAUGAUGUAUUAUAAUAGCUACAUAUCCUCAAGACACUUUACAGAAAGGCGAGGGGGAGGAGGGGGUUAUGACAUUUCAAAUUCUAAAAGAGUCCUGAAGGAAAUGUCAGAUUAGUGACCUUAAGCUAGAGCUAACAGGCCUCAAAACCCCUAACCCCACUCUCUGUCUCUUCACAGAGCCCUGUAACCACCAGGGGUACCAUGAAUUGAAGGAGACUCCGUCAUAUAGUUUCUCCUAGAACACACCGCCCCGCACCCCCUUCCCCACCAAUGGACUGACUGACCCAGCAAAGGGAGGUGGUGUGUGGCAGUGUCGCUGAAGUGUUGAUAUGACUAAACCGCUUCAGCUGGGGGAGGGCAGGGGGGUGAUUAAAAUCCAUUAAAUUCCAAAAAGCCUCCCUUAAAAUGCCAAUUAUAGGGGAAUUUACAUUUUUUUUUUAUUUUAAGAUUGUGAAACCCUAUUGCUGUUUAUGAGUUCUUCUCCUUCUUUAUGUAAGAUUUACUUGAUGUAUUUAAAAUAUGCAUAUUUAUGUGAAAUCAUACCAAAUAAAGCUGU